CCAAAUGCACCACCACACACAGAUGAUCUCCUUUCAUCGUUGGAAGCAAACCAUCAUCUUUAUCGUGACUUGAAGGUGACUUGGAGACGUAUCGUGAUGGCACAAAGGGUGGGUGGAAACAUCUCUUCCAAACGGCUAUCAUCUACUCAAAAUUAUGAAGAACUGGUCCACUACAGCCUGGAGGGCGUUUAUGAAGACAUGAGAACCCCCCACCACCUUCAACAGCCCCGUCACCUGCACGCUGUGUACCCGGCCGGAUCGUACCAGUACCACAGUGACGCUGGAGAGGACACAAGGAGAGACCGGGACGCCAUCUACGGACAUCCUCUGUUCCCGCUGCUCGCUGUGCUUUUUGGAAAGUGCGAAUUGGCCAUGUGCACACCUCGCCAGUGGGGCGUGGCCACGGGAGACGUCUGCACGUCACGCUCCUUCAACGAAGACAUCAGCGUCUUCGCUGAACAGCAGGUGACGUCAGAGAAGUUGUUAUGUAAUUCUGAGCUGGAUCACCUGAUGAUCCAGGCCAUCCGAGUGCUCCGCUUCCACCUGCUGGAGCUGGAGAAGGUCCACGAUCUGUGUGACAACUUCUGCGGCCGCUACGUUAGCUGCCUGAAAGGAAAGCUGCCCACUGUCAGCGUGUCAUGUAACCAUCCUUAUCAGGUUUCAUGGAGCAGAGAUGACGAGAGUGGGGCCUCUUUAGGACCGCCCACAUGUCACAGUGACGACAACAGCAGUGAAGCAGGAAACGGCGUGGACAUCAGCGGCGACAUGGGCAAAGAACAGCAACACAACAAGAAGCGGGGCAUCUUCCCCAAGGCGGCCACCAACACCCUGAGGGCGUGGCUCUUCCAGCACCUGGCGCAUCCGUAUCCUUCAGAGGAGCAGAAGAGGCGGCUGUCACAUGACACACACCUCAGCGUCCUGCAGGUCAACAACUGGUUUAUCAACGCCAGGCGACGGAUUGUUCAGCCAAUGAUUGAUCAGUCCAACACUGCUGUGGUGGGUGCCGCCGUGGCGAUGGAGGCCCAGUGGAAUUUCAUGUGACAAAACCUGCUAGCAGUCUGAGGACCCCAUCUCCCCCGCCCCCCGACUUCCUGCUGAUUGCUGAUUGGAUUACACGCAGGCCAAUUAGAAGAGAGCAGAUCUGAACUAAAUCCCUCAAUGGAAAAGUCAUCAUUUUCAUUGUAUUGUUGUCCACGCAAUGGAGAGCACAUCUGGACUACAAACAUGGAGGAUACGAGGUCACGUGACACUGAGCCCUCCUCCCUAGAGACAAAUAAACAACACUUCUGACCUGUGACCCGCAGUAAUGUUCGCUAGUACUAACACUGAGAUGUGGUUAGCGCACAGGCCACGCAGUUAGGAGACCCGAGUUCAAUUCCACUCUCAGGCAUCUCUGUGUAGAGUUUGCAUGUUCUCCCCGCGCAUGCGUGGGUUUUCUCCUGGUACUCCGGUUUCCUCUCCCAGGAAAAGUCUAUUCUAAAUGUGUCUUUGUGGACCUGUGCGGGG